AUGGCUCAUUUGUGGAUCGCAGUUUUAGCACUUUUAAUCGUCUUCGCUUUUCUUCUUCGACACAUUUACAUACAUCGAACAUUUUGGAAGGGACGUCACAUAACUGGCCCAGAGCCGUCGUUUUGGUGUGGUAAUUUGAAGGAUCUUAGUCGACCUGAAUAUGCGGCACCAUUACAAAUUCGUGACUGGACGAAACAGUAUGGCAAAGUAUAUGGCAUUCAAGAAGGAUGGCAAAAUGUUCUGGUUAUAAGUGAUUUGGACAUGAUGCAAGAUUUGUUCUUGAAAAAAUUUGAGCAGUUUUAUGGUCGUAAGGAAGUGUUAUACAUUGAUGAUGUUGACAAAGAGGAACGUGUUCACGUGUUCGCGGCUCGAGGUUUACGUUGGAAGCGAUUGAGGGCACUAUCAAAUCCUACUUUUUCAAUAAAAGGUACAGUCGAAGAUUCAGUGAAGGUCAUGCUGGGUUACAUGUUAGAACACGUUGAUAAGCAAAAAUCAUUCAAUAUUCAUACAUAUUACCAAGAAUUAACAAUGGACGUAAUUGCACGUAUAUCGAUGGGCUUUAAAGAAUCACAACAAUUCCAUAACGAAUAUUUGGAGGCUGUUAAAGAAAUGUUUAGCCGGGAAUCGGAUAACCCUGUUGUAUUCCUCAUACGUCUUCUGCCACCACCAUUAAAAUCGCUCGUCCGAAAAAUUAUUCAACUGACCGGUCGACUUGGUUCAAUGCCAUUUUUCCGCUUACAAGAUCAAAUCGAAAAAGCCGUAAAUGAACGAAGGGAACUUCGGAAUUUGAAUGGAUCGGAUCAUCACGAAGCAGCCGAUUUCAUCGAUCUUUUCCUCGAUGUUGAAUCUGAUGUUGAACUGACAACUGGUGCGUUCGACAGAAGUAACAUCAAGGUGGAAAAGAAGUUGAGUGCAGAUGAAGUGGUAAUGCAGUGUUUCGUGUUUCUAUUGGCUGGUUUCGAUACGACUGCAAACUCGUUGGCAUAUGCCUCAUUUUGCAUAGCAAAAAAUCAAGAAGUGCGAAAACGAAUUCAACAAGAAAUCGAUGAAGUUUGUGUGGAUGAAGAAAUAAGCUACGAACAAAUACAGAAAAUGAGAUACUUAGAUAUGGUCGUUAAAGAGGCUCUACGGCUCUAUCCACUCGCUGCGGUUGCCAGUUCACGUACAUGUAUGGAAGCGACAACAAUUGGUGAUAUUGAGAUCGAUAAAGGCGUCGGUGUUGUGGCGGAUGUGUUCUCGGUACAUUACAGUAAGGAAGUCUGGGGUAAAGACGCCGAAGAAUUCCGUCCGGAAAGAUGGGAAAAUCUUCAACGUCAUCCACUAGCAUGGUUGCCGUUUGGUGCGGGUCCAAGAAUAUGCAUUGGAAAAAGAUUGGCCGAUAUGGAAGAGAAACUUGCUUUGAUACACAUUCUUCGACAAUACGACAUUGUCGCAGCUCCAGAUACUGAGGUCCUCAUCAAUAACUGCGCUUAUUUGCUCAAUUCAUUUGUUUCUAAACGACCAUAA